UUGAAGUAUUGCUGUCAUCACCUGAGUACCUACUGUUAACAUGUUUUCUCUACAAACUAAAUGUUUUUGCACUUCUUUGUUUGCUACAAAAGCAUAACGAUGUUUUAUAAACUGAUAAACAUUUUAUAACUUUGCUCGUUUCGUAAGGUGUAUAAGUACAAUAAGUUUUCUCCAAAGUCUCCUACUGCUGAUUUGUGUUAGUUACGAUGGUGUACCGAGAUAUGCCUUUUGAGUCAACAGUCUUUUAUAAAAAGUACCAAAAGUAACGCAUGAAGGUUCCCAGCACAGAUAUUCUCGUGAUCCUUUUACUUUUCGUUUUCUAUUUCUGUCCACCAAAACUGUCCAUUGCUGGUCAGUAUAAGGCGGUGAUUCUCCAGCAUGAUAGAGAAUGUUUUGAAAACUUCUCCAUUAUGGACCAAGUGAUGUCUCGUGCCAUGAAUCAACCUGAACUGAAAUGGUCUUCCAGAGUGACUAAUGUUAAGUUGGAAAACCGCCAACCACUCCCACAGUGUCGCAGUGGGUAUCUUUAUCCUUUCGUCAAGGCCUUGAAUGAGAAGAAUAUUCAAGCUGUGGUAGGAGCUGUAGCUGACCAUGUAUGUGAGGCUGCAGCUACACUGGCCAGUGUCCAUGGGAAAUUGUAUGUUUCGUGGAGUUGUACAGCUUCUUCGUUGUCUGACAAAAUACUAUAUCCAACCUUCGCCCGUACUGUGCCCUCAGCUGCUGCUACUGCUCGGGCUCUGGCGACCUUUGUUGCAGAACUGCGUUGGAAGUAUUCUGUGCUGCUAGUGGCUAAUGACGAGACCUGGCGCCGACUGGCCGAAAAACUGGACGCCGCAAUUAGGUACCAAGGAUUCGUCGUCCGUGAUUUUAUCAUCUUAGAUAUUAGAGCGUCAGUUGAAGAGAUCGAGAAUUUGAUGUUGACCAUUAGAGCACCUGUUAAAGCUAUCAUCCUUAGUAUGGACCUCACGAUGUCGCUGUUAAGGAACGUGCUAACUGCUGCUGCUGAACUUGGCUGGGCAGACGGAAGAUUCGCAUUCUUUGUCUUACACGUGAUGACUACAUUACAUCCCACUUCAAUACCUACUUUAUCCACAUCGUCCCUCGACAUUCUUCGAGCACUCUUCGUAGUGACCGUGGUGGCUACGAACGUCACUUACGAAGAAGUCUGGGAAAGCCACGAAAACGAGGCCGUUUUCCAGGAAAUACUCAACGGAACUUCGACUGUAAGAACGGAUGAAGUUUAUAAUUUUUAUCGCCAAUAUUCCUCACUAUCAUUAUUUCUUACUGCUUUACGGAGAUCUCACCAGGAGGCAGGUGGAGCAAAUUUAUCACUUUAUACAAGAAAUGCUGUUUUCCCUACAUUACUGGGACAUGGUGAAACGGAUGAAGUCGGCGACCUCGUGGUAAAGUUUGUAUUGCUUGAUUUCUGGCCAAGUGCUCGUGUUUUUAGAACAGCAGCAGAAUUGAAUGUUGACCAAAGAGAGGACCUGUAUGUUACAGAUAACCACUGGAAAAACAGUAUCGAUUGGCCUACUGGUCAACCGUUAAUCGCGGAUCCAGACUGCGUUAUACAGGACUUUGAUUGUUCUGAAUCUAUAGAUGAUACUGCUCUGAAUACUGAAGAAACUGUCGGAGUAAUUGUUGCUUUGUUAAUCUGUGUCGCUGGAGCUCUCGGGAUUACUGCUUUCGUCAGGAAGAAGCUUAUUUUCAAGGAAAUGAGAAGAAAAGUUUUACUAACAGUCGAUGACAUCGUUUUGACCCAGCCAAGUAAAAAGAUAAUCCACGAUGGAUCCACCUUUGAUAAGCCAGACAUCCUUAAAGCCUCCCAUGAUUCCUUACGACCUCAUACCCACAUGAGCACAGGAAAAAGCGAUCGACCUACAGGAACUGGACAACUCAGCAGUGGUCGCCUGAAUGGUGACAUGGUGCAUCUGAAACAUUUUAUCACAGCUACAACAUUUGAAGUGAAAACCAAAGCAAUGAACCAGCUUCUUCAGAUGUACGAGUUGCGUCACGAGAACAUCAAUCCUUUCCUGGGGUGCAUGGCCGACCCUCAGGAGCCUGUUCUGGUAUGGGAACACUGUUCACGUGGGAGUCUGGCGAACGUCUUGGAAAAUGAAGAUAUUAAACUGGACUGGUCGUUUAAAUUGUCCUUGCUUACAGAUCUAGUUCGAGGCAUGAGAUAUCUUCACUCUUGUCCAGUGAAACAUCAUGGAAAUCUUACGUCGAGAAAUUGUGUUAUUGAUAGUCGAUGGGUGUUAAAGAUUACUGACUAUGGCCUUCCGUUGUUUUUUGAAACACAGAAUUUAUCUUCACCUCUUCUUACAGCUAAAGACAAACUUUGGGCUGCACCAGAACUUCUGCGAGAUGAAACAUUGCUCAAAAGGGGGACUCAAGUUGGAGAUGUUUACAGUUUUUCGAUAAUAAUGCAAGAAGUAGUCGUUAGAGGACAGCCCUAUUCCAUGCUGCAAUUGUCAGCUGAAGAAUUGAUUGAGAAACUAAAGUGUCCUCCACCACUCAUCAGACCUUCAGUGUCCAAGCAAGCAGCGCCACCUGAAGCUAUCAACAUUAUGAGGCAGUGUUGGGCAGAAUACCCAGAUAUGAGGCCCGACUUUGGUGAAAUUAAUGAACAGUUCAAAAGGCUGAACCAAGGAAAAAAAGUCAACAUCGUUGACACCAUGUUUCAAAUGUUGGAGAAGUAUUCGAAUAACUUAGAGGACUUGAUUAAAGAACGAACGAUACAGUUAGACGAAGAAAAAAAGAAGACAGACCAGCUACUGAAUCGGAUGUUACCUAGUACGGUCGCUGAGAACUUAAAGGCGGGAUUACCAGUUGAACCAGAGAAGUUUGAAGAAGUAACCAUUUACUUCAGUGACAUUGUAGGAUUUACCACCAUCUCCGCCUAUAGUGAACCCAUGGAAAUUGUCGAUCUCUUAAACGAUCUUUACACUGCAUUUGACAACACCAUUGAUAACUACAACGUAUAUAAAGUAGAGACAAUUGGCGACGCCUACAUGGUGGUAGGUGGACUCCCAGAAGUAAUACCAAACCAUGCAGAAGAAAUUGCUACCAUGGCCUUAGACUUACUUCACGUCUGUGGUAAAUUCAAAAUUAGACAUAUGCCUACUGUUCCUUUAAUGUUGCGUAUUGGGCUUCAUACAGGCCCAGUGGUGGCAGGUGUUGUAGGACUAACCAUGCCUAGAUAUUGUUUAUUCGGAGACACUGUCAACACCGCUUCCCGCAUGGAGUCUUCUGGUUUAGCCUAUAGAAUACACAUCAGUAAGACGACGGAGCAGAAGCUACGUAGUGCUGGGGGCUAUACCAUACAACAUAGAGGAGAAAUAACUCUGAAGGGAAGAGGAAAACAACCCACAUUCUGGCUCUGUGGAAAGACCGGCUUCGAGAAAGAGGUACCAGUACCUCCAGAGGUGGACGGUGAGGACAAUCACGGAUUUAAGAACGAUGAUGUUUUUAAAGCAAUGGGCAGGAAGAAAGUGGGCGGAUCAGAAACAAACGCUUCUGAAAAUCAAGAUGAUGAGACUCCCAAAGUCCAUAAUUCUACAGCACAAGACUUUAACGUAGGCGAACUGGCAUCUGGUUUGUUGAAACUAACCCCAAUUUUGGCCGAUAUUGAGAGAAACAUUCAAACUCCUUUAGAUUAUGAUAACAUAUUUCUUUCUCCGCCGAUUACCUCUACCUAUGAAAACAAAUGUUUUAAUAAACAAAAUAGCAGGACGUUUCCAUUUGGUCCCAAACCCAUAAAAAACACGAGCCAGCACAUACAAAGAAUAAAGGAAAACGAGCUGAACGUGUCCAGCAUAACCACGUGCAGCAGAAGGUCCAGUUCAGCUAGUCUCAUGUCCAUUAUUUCUCGGAUAGAGACUGCUCCUCCUGAGAGUCACGUUGCCGAAACUCUGUAAUUCGAAAGUUUAUAGUUUUUACUUUCGAAAAACCAGAUCCUUUUUCAAUACGGGAGUUGCCUUUCGCUUCAGUGUUAUUUUUACGAUGCUAACGACUCCAACAAGCGAUGGAACCUGUUUUGAACUUCAGUUCUCUAUUUUCAGGAGCAUGACUUACAAGAACGAAACAGGGUAAACAAACAAUCAACCAAAACUUAUACGAAAUGGAUAGAUCAUAAAGAUUUAUUCCGCUCAGAAUAAGAAAUCAGGCACCACUAUGUAAUUCGCACAAAUUACAAACAUAGCAUAAAAUGUAAUUCAGGGCAUAUAUAUAUUUACUAUCAAAUCAUCGUCGUGUAACUCGCAUUAAGCAUCAAGUACGGUAUUACCAAUGUUGGACUUAUGUCAAGUACACAUAAACCCAAUGUGUAAUCUAAUCCAACCACAUGUACAGCCAACGUGUAACCCACACAAAGAACAGUGCCACUAAUAUGUAAUCCACAGCGAGUACUUGUGCACGUAACGUGUGACCAACCCACACCACAACACAUGUAGUCAACAUCUAACCACCACUAACUAUAUCAACGACUAACGUGUAAUUACCACUAUAUUGAUUAAUAAUGUGUGAUCCACCUCCACUACUCGUAACCAACGUAUAAUUAAUACUAAAUAUAUAUAGAAAAGUCUGAAACUAAUGAAUUUUACAGAAUGUGUUACACAUGCUGUCCUUGUAAUUCGAAAUAAGUUUGGAUUAACAGCAGGAUUAACUGGACCUUGUCAUACUUUAACAGCGCCAUAAUCAGCCACGUAUCUGAAAUUAAGAAAAGCUGCGAAUCAUCAAUGGUUCCAGACAUUUCGAACACCCUGUGAUGCUAACAAUGCGUAAUCUACAUCCACUACUCAUACGAUCAGUGAGUAAUUUACACCAAAUAUAACAUCAAGAAAAGUGUAUUACACACACGUACACGUAGGACGAAUCCAUAAUUCUUGCAAUCUAUAGGCAAUUUAAGAUUUAUGAGUUUGACUACAUAUAUCCUAAGUACAUAAACAUUGCGAUGAUUGCUUUGUUUAAAUAAAAAGCUGCGCAAUGGGCUACCUGCACUGUGCCCGACCCUGAAUUGUAGCGUUUACAAGUUCUCAUGCUUACCGUUUAGCCAGCAGGAAAAAUAACUAUUCUUCAUAUAUUUUAGAUUAAUUACACAGAAAAUGUGUUCAACAGGAAAAAUAACUAUUCUUCAUAUAUUUUAGAUUAAUUACACAGAAAAUGUAUUCAACAGGAAAAUAACUAUUCUUCAUAUAUUUUAGAUUAAUUACACAUGUAAAUGUGUUCAACAGGAAAAAUAACUAUUCCUCAUAUAUUUUAGAUUAAUUACACAUGAAAAUGUGUUCAACAGGAAAAAUAACUAUUCCUCAUAUAUUUUAGAUUAAUUACACAGAAAAUGUGUUCUACAGGAAAAAUAACUAUUCCUCAUAUAUUUUAGAUUAACUACACACAGAAAAAAUGUUCAACAGGAAAAAAUAACUAUUCUUCAUAUAUUUUAGAUUAAUUACAUAGAAAAUGUGUUCAACGGAAAAAUAACUAUUCUUCAUAUAUUUUAGAUUAACUACACACAGAAAAAUUGUUCAACAGGAAAAAAUAACUAUUCUUCAUAUAUUUUAGAUUAAUUACACAGAAAAUGUGUUCUACAGGAAAAAUAACUAUUCCUCAUAUAUUUUAAAUUAAUUACAUAGAAAAUGUGUUCUACAGGAAAAACAACAACUUUUUUCAAACUGACUGCAUAAAUAUGUGAUCUAGAGACUAUAUGUAUGUUCAGAAUUUGAAAAUAAACAUGUCUAAUAUGUGA